GGUGUAAAGAGUAAAGAAUAUUUAUCAAGCUUCUCUUUCUCUUUUGCAUUUUUCUUCUUCCGGGUUAGGGGAAGGAAGUAGCUAGCUAAGCCCAGAAAGUGGAAGAAAGAGAAUGCAGAGAGUGAGCAAAAUCAUUGAGAAGGGUGCUAAAGCUCUUCAAGAUCUAAACUUGCUCAAACUUUUGCAAUCUGAGAUUACCCAUGAGCUCUCUUCCAAUCCCUUUCAGGAAGUGAAAAGUGGAUCUUUGGGAGAUUUUGUAGUGGACUGGGACUCAUUGCAAUCUCAGGACAUGGUUCUUCGGCGAAAAUGUGAGACAGGUGAGGAGGUUGCUGUCUCAGCAUUGCUAGGUCCAUUGCCCUUUACUAGGGAGACAGACACAGAUGAUAGUGUGUUCCCACGAAACGUUUUAAUGAAGAUAUGUGUGAAGAAGCCCGGAUUGAGAUCUGUGUUGCAGUUCGAUUGUGAAGUUUAUAACAAAGGCGGUAAUGGGUCUGAGUUCGACAUCCAAAAUGCCUAUUAUCUUCAAUCUUCAUCAGCUAUCAGUAGUUCAGACUACAGAGGCCCGGUAUUCUGUGAUCUUGACCAUCGGCUGAUCGGGGCGUUCAAGGAGUACUUAAUAUCAAAGGGUAUUGGAGAAAGCUUGACAAAUUUCCUUAUCCUUCACCUUCACAAAAAGGAGCACGGCCAAUACGUGAACUGGUUAAAGAAACUCGAGUCCAUGGUAACUAAAGACGAGUGAUGAACAGGCAAUCCCUUCUCCAUUUUAAACCUCAUGAAUCUAUUCUCUUUAACUCAGACACCACCAAUUUUUGUAUGGAGGAUGUUGUAGGUAAAAAUAUGUUGAUUAUUGAUCAGUAUACAAAGUUUUUUACUCUUCAAAUGGUUACAGGGUCUCUUGCUCUUAGUUCUAACAAUGAAGCUUAAGCUAGCUUCCUUUCAUAUAUAUUUGUUUGUUUGUAGCUUGGACAACAUUUACCAAAAAUAUUGACCUCUUUGAUGGGUUAGUUGAUUUAA